GUUUCCGGGCUGGGCUGGCAAUGAAGAUAAAAAGUGCCUGGAAGGUUCCAGGAGCCACUGGCCUUGCACUUUCCCUGCGCUAGUCCUCGGAUCUAGCGGCACCCUCUCAACAUGAGUGCCCUUGCCAUGUUUCGAGGCCUCCGGCCCAGCCCCCAGCUGCUGUUUCUGGGCCUGUUGUUUCUGCCAGCGGUGGUUGCCAUGACCAGCGCUAGUCCUGAAGAAAGCGAUGGGGAUCUUAGCUGUAUUUGCGUGAAGACCAUCUCCUCUGGAAUUCACCCCAAGCACUUCACCAGCCUGGAGGUGAUCAGGGCUGGACGCCACUGCGCGGUUCCCCAGCUCAUAGCUACGCUGAAGAAUGGGAGGAAAAUUUGCCUGGACCCGCAAGCAUCCCUAUAUAAGAAAGUAGUCAAGAAACUACUGAAGAGUUAGGUACUAGCUGCCUCAAUCUGCAAUAUGUUACAUGGGGUGCUGGAGUUUUGUCUGCUUUUAAUGUAGCUGCAAUCUUUUGGUUAUAUUAUCCUUCAAGACUUAAAUAAAUGCAUUGAACCAAGUUGUCAUAAAGUCAAGCUGUUCCUUUGUAACAGAGCCAAAAAUAGUGCUGACAGAUCACAUGUAAGAAAACAUCUUCAGAACAUUAAGCAAAAAUAUCUUGAAGGAAGGUUUGAUGUAAAACUGAAAUUGCUUGAUAUUAUAGGUUAUAUGCCAGCUAUUGAAUAUAUGUAUUUUUACUCAAUUUACAUUGCCCCAUAAUUACAUUUUAAUGUUAUAUUCUAAAUUAACUUUGUCAAAAACAAUUAAUGGGACUUAAGCAUUACUAAGUUGCUUUCAAAAAUAAGUACCUAAAUCAAACUUUGAUUCAAACUUUCUUAAGACUUAUACUAUUUUAUAAUAAAAAUAACAAAAAUGAAAUUAGAGUGAACAUAUAAUGCUAAUAUGUUGAUACUUUCAAGAAAUUACAUGAAACCAUCUUUCCAUUUGUUGGUACUU